AUGAUCGCCCUAUUCGAAACUGCAAAAAGCGACGAAGCCGACUUUUGGCAUGCACCCAGUGUUGUGAACAGCACCAUAGAUGUAAUGGUGUCACCAUCAUUCACGGACAAAUUCACUGACUUUCUACAGGCGCACAAUUAUCCUUUCCAUGUCGCCAUCGAGGAUCUCAAGAAGAAAGUUUUGAACUUUGAACUUCUUAUCGAAAAGGAGGGUACCAUUAAAACGAAUCCCGAAGGUGUCAACGAGCAAGAACUAGUUCGAAUGCACGAUGACACUGGUGCAUUCGUCAGCAAGCUUAGAAUGGGUGAGUACUAUUCUUACUCAACGAUCGUCGCAUGGAUGAAGCGGAUUGCCGAUCGCAUGCCAGAGAUCGCAAGGGUUGUUGACAUUGGCACCAGUACAGAGGGAAGAAACAUAAUAGGUCUACAGUUCGGCCAAGACAGACCUAAUAAGAAAGUGGUAGUCAUCGAUGCCGGUAUACAUGCUCGUGAAUGGGCUGCGGUUCACACCGGGAUGUACUUCAUCAACCUCAUCGUCAACAACCGCGAAGAAGACCCGAAAAUCCGUAGCUAUUUGGAGAAUCUUGUUAUCUAUAUCUUUCCAGUGCUUAAUCCAGAUGGGUAUGAAUACACACGGACUGAUAAGACUAAUCCAAGGGCUCGUAUGUGGCGUAAGUCCAGAUCCGCGAAAGCGUGCGCUUUUGACGGUAUCUCUAAUGCCUGUUGUCAGGGUGUCGAUCUAAACAGAAAUUUCGACUUUCGGUUUGCAGAAAUCGGGGCCUCUCGUUAUCCUUGCUCGGAGAUAUAUCAUGGAGCUACUCCGUUCAGUGAGCCGGAAUCCAAAGCAUUCUCAAAUUUUCUGAUGUCUUUGCGGGGCCGGCUCGAGGGUUACAUAACUCUCCACGCAUACUCACAGCUAUGGAUCUAUUCAUAUUCACAUCGCAAGUUCACUUAUGCGCCAGACAUCGAGGAAACGAAGAGAGUUGCACAAAAGGCUGUCGCCGAGCUCGGGAAAAUGUAUGGAACUCGUUACCGAUACGGCACUGGUCCGGAAAUCAUCUACGCAUUUUCUGGUGGCUCUACAGACUGGGCAAAGGAGAAACUCAAAGUCAAGUAUUCCUACACAAUAGAAUUACGACCAACCUUCGAAGAGUGGAACGGUUUUGUACUUGACAAGAACCAGCUCAUACCAACGGCUAAAGAGACAUGGGCUGGUGUGAGUGUCGUGCUGGACGAAAUCAUAGCCCAUUCGGGGGACACACGAAUUGCGGACCUACUUGUAUUUCGCCCAUUUCUAUCGCCUAUUUGGCUAUUUUAA